AUGCGGAUCCCUUCUAUAUCAAACGAUCCCGAAAAAAUUCAGCUGGACCGCCUGGGUCAUGUGUAUUUUGAACACCCAGACCUGCACAAGUUCAGCGAGUUCGCCAAGGAUUUUGGUUUCGUCGAAGAGAAGAGAACCAAGGACCGGAUAUACUAUCGCGGCUACGGCAAGGAUGCUUAUGUUUAUGUCGCAUCGAGAAGCAAAGACGACAAGCCAAGAUUCCGUGGUCCAGCUUUUGUUGCUCGCUCGCAAGAAGAGUUUGAUAAAGCGACCAAAUUGGCCGGCGCCAUGCUUAGUGACUUGAAGGACGCUCCCGGCGGAGGCAAAAUGGUCACAUUCAACCGAGCCGAUGAUAUCUUCUUUCAUGUCAUAUAUGGUCAAGAGGAGCGAUUGGUCGAUAGCCAAGAACCAACUGCCACGCAGGAUCAGCAAGGGCCGUUCAACAAGCCUUUCGACAAACCGAGACUGGGUCAAUUUCAACGCCACCACCCAGGACCAGCUCUUGUUCACAAAAUAGGCCAUCUGGGCUAUGUCGUCCCAGGCUUCGAUCGCGAACUCGCAUGGUACACCGAAAACUUCAACUUCGUUCCCUCCGACAUCCUGCACCACUGGGAUUUCUCAAAUGUAGAUGUUUUGACAUUCAUGCACCUCGACCUUGGCAAGGAGUACUCUGAUCACCAUGUCUUCUUCCUGCAGCGUGCUGAACCUCACGUGAAAAAGACAUUCGUGCACCAUACUUCUUAUGAGGUGGCUGAUUUUGAUACACAGCAGAUCGGGCAUGAGUGGUUGGCGAAGAAAGGUUGGAAAAGUGUUUGGGGUGUUGGGCGACAUGUGCUUGGGAGUCAGAUAUUUGAUUAUUGGGCUGAUCCCAGUGGGUUUAAGAUCGAGCAUUAUGCCGACGGUGACGUUGUGAAUGAGGAUACUCCCAUGAAGAGGGAUGUUGUUGGGCCUUUUUCGGUUUGGGGACCUGAGGUUCCGAAGAAUUUUGGGGAGAAAGGUGUAUAA